AUGGCGACAGAUAAGAAUAUUCCUAAAGCGGCCAAGUUCGUUCUCGGUGGAUCAGCAGGGAUGACGGCAGCAGCCAUAGUUCAACCCCUCGACCUCCUCAAGAAUCGCAUGCAACUUUCGGGGAAGAGCGGCCAGAAGCAAUUCAAAACGAGUUUCCACGCUCUGAACCAUGUCCUUCGAAACGAAGGCUUUUUUGCACUUUAUAAUGGGUUGAGUGCAGGUCUCCUCAGACAAGCAACAUAUACUACAACGAGGCUUGGAAUAUACACUUGGAUGCUUGAAAGUUUCACCAAGAAAGAUAAGCCGCUGUCUUUUCCUGCAAAAGCAUCAUUGGGAAUGGCUGCAGGAGCCUGCGGAGCGUUGGUGGGUACCCCUGCUGAUUUAGCCCUGAUCCGGAUGACAGGCGAUGGACAUUUGCCACCUGAACAGCGCAGAAACUACAAAAAUGUCAUUGAUGCGUUAUUUCGCAUAGCUAAAGAAGAAGGAAUUCUCACGUGGUUCCGAGGUUGUGGACCAACAGUCAUCCGAGCAAUGGUAGUAAACGCAGCACAGCUGGCAACGUACUCCCAUGCAAAGCAAUUGAUUCUUGCAACAAAGAGAGUUAAAGAUGGUAUUUUCUGUCAUUUUCUAGCCUCAAUGAUUUCGGGUCUGGCAACCACUGUUGCUUCUAUGCCAGUUGAUAUUAUAAAGACUAGCCAGCAGGUGGUUACUGUCGGAAUCGACGCAAAUGCGAAGAUGGGACUCGAACAGCAAUCCGAUGAGCUAGGAAAAUGGUAUUAUUCAGCGGAGUGCACGUCGGACAACGGUGACCGUCUGGUCGACUUGUGCGAACAGACGGGCCUCAUCAUCGCUUCCACGUUUAAGAAGAAUCAUCUACUCCAUCAGCUUACGUGGCAGGGUUCUCCUCAGCUUCGAGAUACGGUUCCACAAAAGAAACCAGGAGUUCCUCUUCAACUGAAAAUCGACAUGGCAGGUCUGAAAGACGACGAAUGCAGAACAAAACUCCGCCAACGUGUGUCUAUUCAUGUUCGAGUACGGACCAGGAAGAAGCUUAGCGAUGCGGAUUCCUUCACAAAGUGCAUCCAGGAAGCUGCAAGGGAAACGCUCCCGGUUCUAUUGCCGCGGAAGAAGUUUGCCUUUGCAUCUGCGGAAACAAAAUCCACGUACAAUUCUGUAUGUGUCGCGCGCAGCGCUGGUGACUUCAACCGGGAAAAGCGUCUUAGAAGGAAGCUGCGUCGUCAACUGCAACAAGACCGCGAUAACGAGUGGACGUCGAGAGCGAUCGAGUUUGGAAGGCGUGGGAGGACAGGAACCCGCGGAAAGUCUAUGCUCUACUAA